AUGGAUAGUCCACCGAAUUCUGUGGCGACUCCUCCAGGCACCUCAAUCAAGAGUAAUGCUAGCAGCGUUUCGGAAAAUACAAGCACUUCUGCAACGACCGGUGUUACUGACUUUCCGGAUAUUCUUGCUCAAACAGAACAAGGCUGUACAGUUCUCAUAGACGGGAAUACUCUCAGGGAACUAUUGAACUCCUUCGAAUCGUACGACGGAAAACUUGAUCUCAUUCAAAACGUUAUUAGACAAUUAACAACUUUAAAAGAACGCUUGACGAGCGAGGAGCUCGCAAAGGAAGAUAAAGAGGAGCAAUCAGAGGCAUUCAUAAAGGAAGAAUCCCAGCAACAGAAGAUGCAAUCGUCGGAUACGCUUAAUGAUAUGCUUCUACGACAGCAGAUGAUCAUUCAUCAACACAAUCAGCAACGAAUUCUAGCGAUGAUGGCUCAGCCGAAUCUUUCAUUGCUGUUUCCCGGUGCACAGUAUGAACAUCUGCUAGGGAACGGAAUUAUUGGCGGUGGAAUGCCAACACUUCUCCAACAAAAUCUAGCCGCUUCGCUAGCUGCAGCAGCACCGAAACCUAAAUCGGAAAAAGCCGCCGACUGUCCACUUAAUCUCACAAAGGUGAAAACUGAAGAGAUUAAUAAGCACAGCCCAGUGAUCCCAGCCCUGCCCACAUCGCCGUUGACUACGUCAAAUAUGCUAGGUAGAAUUUCGUUCGGAAUGACACAUAAUUUUGCUUCCGACGCUUCCGCUUUCACGAACCACUCUCCUGCCUCCUCCGGGAAAAGCACGCCUGGAAUCGGUUCACUCCUUUCAUCUCUGGAACCUCCCUCUGCUGUUCGAACUCAUGCAAAGUCGCCAAAUCACAUCAAGAGACCUAUGAAUGCAUUCAUGGUUUGGGCUCGCGACGAAAGGAGAAAGAUUCUUAAGGCGCAUCCAGAUAUGCACAAUAGCAAUAUUAGUAAAAUUCUUGGAAACCGAUGGAAGUCGAUGAGUAACUCAGAGAAGCAGCCAUAUUAUGAAGAGCAAUCGCGUCUCAGCAAACUACACAUGGAGCAACAUCCUGAUUAUCGCUACAGACCACGACCAAAAAGAACAUGUUUGGUUGAUGGAAAGAAGGUUCGUAUCAAUGAGUAUAAGACAAUGAUGAAGAAGAAAGAGUCAAGCUGGUCAGAAGAUCAGUCAAUAUCUCCAUCAUCACAAGUGGAUUUUUCGGGUCUGACAGGUGCUGCUCUGUUAGCGGAUUUCACUCAUCACCACCAAUCACACAUGUUACAGACUGCUGAGUAG